UAGUCUACUAAGAGGAGAAACACCGAGAAGGAAUACCCAAAUAAGAGAGGCAACAGAAAGAAUUAAUUGAAGAAGUUCUGAUCGAAAAUGGCGGUGGCGGGUCUGUAUAGGAGACUUCUUCCAUCACCUCCUGCAAUCGAGUUCUCCUCGUCCGAAGGGAAGCAUCUUUUCACUGAAGCUCUUCAUAAUGGAAACAUGGAAGGAUUCUUCAAGUUAAUUUGUUACUUCCAAACCCAGUCAGAGCCUGCAUAUUGUGGACUGGCCAGCCUUUCUGUCGUCUUGAAUGCCCUUGCAAUUGAUCCUGGAAGAAAAUGGAAAGGCCCUUGGAGAUGGUUUGAUGAAUCCAUGUUGGAUUGCUGUGAACCUUUGGAAAAAGUUAAAGCUGAAGGCAUCACGUUUGGAAAGGUUGCAUGUUUGGCUCACUGUGCUGGAGCUAAAGUUGAAGCUUUUCGUACAAGCCAGAGCAACCUUGAUGAUUUCCGUAAAUAUGUCAUAGCUUGUACUUCAUCCGAGGACUGCCAUGUUAUUACAUCAUACCAUAGAAGACCUUUUAAGCAGACAGGAACUGGUCAUUUUUCACCUAUUGGUGGGUAUCAUGCUGGAAGGGAUAUGGCACUUAUUUUGGAUGUUGCCCGCUUUAAGUAUCCUCCUCACUGGGCUCCACUUACGCUUCUUUGGGAASCCAUGAGUACCAUUGAUGAAGCAACUGGACAUCAUAGGGGGUUUAUGCUUAUCUCAAAGCUUCAGAGAGGACCAUCUUUGCUUUACACUUUGAGUUGUAGACACGAGAGUUGGGUUAGUGCUGCAAAGUAUUUGAUAGAUGAUGUUCCUCUUCUUUUAAAGUCAGAGGAUAUAAAAGAUGUCCAGAAAGUACUCUCUGUUGUGUUUAAGUCACUUCCAAUCAACUUUAGGGAGUUCAUCAAGUGGGUUGCAGAAGUUCGGAGACAAGAGGAUGGGUGUUCAAGUUUAAGUGAAGAGGAGAAUGGGAGGCUUUCUCUCAAGGAAGAAAUAUUGAAGCAGGUACAAGAGACUCAACUAUAUAAACAUGUCGCAGAUUUGUUGUCUACAAGUUCUAUCUUACCAUCAAGUCACAAAGAUACUCUGCCUGAAAUAGCAGCAGAUGUUUGUUGCCAAGGAGCAGAGCUUCUGGCUGGGAAGGCCAGCACCUUAGAUGAGUUUUGCUGUAGAGAAACAUGUGUUAAAUGCUUGACAGUUACAGGUGACCUGCCUGCUACAGUUGUCUCAGGGUCAGUUGUUACUGGUAACAGCAAGCAAGGGAUUGAUAUGCUGGUCCCUUCAUCUCAAACAACACUUAGGAAUUGCUCUAAUUUUGGGCCAUGUAAAAGCAUUGCAAUGCACCCAGGGAGCAAUGAUGUAUUAACAGCACUAUUAUUGGCCUUACCUCAAAAUACAUGGUCUGGCAUCAGAGAUGAGAAGCUGCAGAAAGAAAUAUGUAGCCUUGUAUCAGCUGAAAAUUUGCCCCCUUUACUCCAAGAAGAGGUACUGCACCUGAGACAACAGUUCCAUUUCCUCAUGACAGAUAUUCGUGCAUCUUCUUCCUGCUAAGCAUUUAUAUUACUCUUCAAAGAUUAAGACUCCUCUGAAAGCUUAGAAUGUUGUGAAAAUGAGCAGUUUAUCAGAAAUAUGUGCAUACAUUGGAUGAAGGCAUAAUUGUCAAGCUUUUGAGCCCUCUACAGUGUUGCCUACCAAUAACAAAAGAAAUAAGGAAAAGGCCUACUUGAAGCGAAGGCUAUGUAAUAUGU